CGCAUGCGCAGUGCGCAGAUUCCGCGAGCCAGUCGCUAGCAGCGCGCGCGCACGCAGCGAUCCGACACGAACGACUCUCGCGAAUUGUUUACCAUAUAUUUACAUAGUUACAUGGCACAAGUUUGACUAUUUAUUAUGUGAUAAUUCUAUUUAAGACUCCGCGUAAGAUUAUUUAAUCGUUUCUAUUUAAGAAUCUCCUAUUUAUUAAGUGUAUUUAAAUUUUUAAAAUUUACGUAACCAAGUGGGACCAAAAUGACUAUAAAAAAUAAAAAGACUAAGCAAUCGAACACGUCCGAAGUGACGUCGAAAAGUGCGUCGAGUAGUGUACAGAAGACCAGCACCUCUACGACCGUGCAAAAGAGCAGCAACACGCAGAAGGUCAGCUCGUCCGGUAAGAAGGUUCGCUAUAUUGAAGUUAAGGUCGAGGAGGAUGACCCGCUUAUGAUCACCGAUGUCUCAGAUCACGCUUCCAUCAGUGGAUCUACUGUAUCCGAGCAUUACAAUAGCCAUCCUCACUAUAUAAUCACGGAGGCUCCGUCGAUAUCCGAUUUAUCACAGACAAGAUCUCAUGAACAUCAUGUGAGCGACAUGGCUCAAUCGACCAGCGGGGAAUAUGUCUCUAGCUCGGUAAUACAAGAGUCCUCCUCUACAUCUCACCAGCAGAGUUCUACGAGUCAAAUGCAGCAGUCGUCUUCGACCUCAGUGCAGCGUUCGGGCUCUAGCCAUAGCCAACAUUUUGAUAGGACGACUGAUUCUUCAAUUGACAACCAGACCCUUAAUACUGCAUUUAUAGAUAACUCGGGAAAAUAUGUAACAGGGUCUAGCGAUUCAUUUACGUCAAGAUCCCAAGGAGCUAAUGCGACAGAGUCCUUCAUCACGUCGGAACGACAAAAUUUAAUUAACACGCAAUCAAAUCAACAAUCUCGUGCAAGUCAAGAACGAAUGACGAGUCAUGGAACGACCACGAUGACUGAUUCACAAAAUAUUAAUAUUCGCGAGAAAGAACGUAGCAUUCCUCCUGAUUCAUCUAGGAGAGUACAAACAGUAAAAUCAGACCGUUCCAAUUUUUAUGGAGGGGAAGGAAGCCUGGAUAAGAACGUGAAAACAAAAGAAUUCAGUAGCACAUCUCGUUCAAGUGAAUCUAAAAGUAGCAAUGUUACAAAAUCUUCAUCUUCUUCGUAUGUGGUUGAAAUUGUUGAUGGAAAGGAACGUAUAAUUGAUAGCUCAAAGAGAGAAUGGGGUGAUGCUCAAGAACAUGCAACUAAAGAAGAUUAUGCCAGUGUUAGUGGAACGGGUAUUAAGCCAGAAUCUGCUUACAGUAUCCAGAAUUAUGACAUGAAAUCUAAAUAUGACACAGACGGUAAAGAUGGUAAGCCAACUAGUGAAAUGACAGUACGAGAAAAUUCGAAAUUUGUCAAAGAUGGAAGCCAAGUUACGAGUCAUGAUAGUAUUAUUUCACAAAAAGAUAAUUCUAUUCAACAACAACAUAGCACAACGCGAGAACAGAUUACUUCUAAAGAUCAUGCUCAGUCUACCACUUCUCGAGAUCAAGUUGAUUAUACUACCUCUACAGAUUUCGACAGUCGCCAUACAGAGAAAAGUACUAUUGAUAGUCGAGUACAGAGCAACAAAGUCAACAAUGAAACCAUUACAAGUAGACGACGCAAUGCUAACGAAACUGAUUCAUCUAAUUUUUAUGGAUAUGAUUCUACUAUACAAAAUCAACUUCGCAAAGUAGGUGACAUAUUGCAAGUUAGCGAUACAAAAGAUCUUAAUUAUUCCACGAAAAUUCUCAAAAGCAAUACGAGCAGUGCGCAACAAGAAUCUACUUCUUCUUACGUAUUCGAAGUUGUAGAUGGAAAGCAAAAAAUAGUUGACAGUUCUCAUAGAGAGUGGGGAGACAGUAAAGACCAUUCCACUUAUGAAAAAAGCCAUCAAAUAAGCGGUACAGAUAUUAAGCCUCACCAUGAAUAUACACGUCAUGUUUUAGACAAAGAAGCUUUUUAUGACACCGGAAAAGACGGUGUACCUAAAAGUGGCACGUAUGCUACUGAAGAAUCGGUCUUAUAUAAAGAUGGAAAGAAAAUAGCAUCUACAAGCAACACUUAUGGUGGUGAUUUUACACGCAAACCGGCUAUAACUGAACACACUACAGAGAAAGAAGAUAUUCACAAUAAACGCAUAAGUUCUACCAGCGACAAAAGUAUAUACACCGAUACACUUGAAUCAACAACAAGCGACACACAGUCAAACAUUCAUGAUACGAGAAAUGUAACCGAAACAACUGACUUUAUUACAAGAGAAAAACAGAAUCUUACUAAAGAAAGUACCUCUAAAACAACAUCUGAAACAAAAGAUACAUUAACUACUUAUGAAAGAAGUACGGGAACUUGGAACGGUAAAUUUAUCUAUGAAACUGAUGAUGGAAGGCCUAAACGUCCCCAGCAAGUGUCACCAUUUGGGAAGCCCGAAAAACCACGGCAUCAUCUAAAGAGACAAGACACGGAAGAAAAUAUAAUAUUGUCUUCAAGAGAUAUAAAAGACUUUACUUCUAUAAGUGAUCUCCGAAAAAUAAUUGAAUCUUCAUCCACAAAUAAAGACGUUACUGUUAGCAAUAAAAAUAUAGUCAUAAACAAGAAGAAUAUUGACGAUAGAGUUUUAAAAGAGAUAAUUGAAACAGUACAUAAAUAUCCAUUCAAACGAAUUGAUAAAGUUUCAUUUGGAACUAAGAUCAAUGAAGAUGUUAAAGACCUCUACGAAGGUAUCGAUACAGAAGAAACAACAAUUCUACAUACAACAUCGGGUGAUACUAUAAAAAGAGCAUUUGAAGUAGACAAAACACGAAGUCAGAUUGAAGUAACUCGUUAUAUAACUGAAAAUGGAGUAACCAGAAAAGAAACUACUUACGAAGACGCAAAAGAAGACGAGAAAAUAAAAACGGAUGUUUUUGUCGAUAACAGCUCGUUAGACAUCAGAAACUUGAAGGAUGUCCGAACAACGAAAGAUAUACGCGAAUACGACGUGGUUGAUCGCGCGAUUACCGACACCACGAGGGAAGAUACUGUCGUCAGCACCGUCUAUGAUGAAACCGUCAUAGAUGACAGAAAAACUGUGCGAGACGACAGGACCGUGAGAGAAGAAACCGUUUACAUAGACGAGACCAGGCCAAGACAAAGUGGCCCCAAGAAACCAGAAAAAAUCAUCGAAAAAGAACAAUGCAUUUGCGAAAUCUGCACCUGCGGGCGUCACCGUUGCCUACACAACGAUGUCCCGGAGCCAUUGUUCGAUGUGGAGCACACGAGCGUGGUCUCCGCAUACAAGCAAGAUUACGACGAAAAACAUGUCAGUCGCACUACGGCCGUCUAUCACGAAGAUCACUUGCGGCUUGAGGGAGAUUUCCAAGAACCGGAGCGUCCACGCUGGCAACCCGUCGAACGACCAAAACCAACGAAACCUGAAGAUAAUUUGAAACCUGAAGGCGAAUUCGAAAGAAGACGUCCCGAAGAAUGGCGACCUGGUGAGAGAGCACCAGUGAAGAAACCGGAGGAUAAUCUCAGGCCUGAAGGUGACUUUGAGAGACGAAAACCUGAUGAAUGGCGUCCCGGAGACCGAGCCCCCACUCGUCGGCCAGAAGAUAACCUAAAACCUGAAGGUGAUUUUGAUACGCCUGAAAAAGAACCCUGGCGUCCAGCUGAACGCCAAAAGCCAAAAAAACCUGAAGACAAUUUACGUCCAGAAGGGGAAUUUGAGAAACGCAAACCUGAGGAAUGGCGUCCCGGAGACAGAGCACCUGUGCGUCGACCAGAGGAUAAUUUAAAACCCGAAGGUGAUUUUGAGGACAGAAGGCCCGAAGUAUGGCGACCGGGAGAUCGCGCUCCUGUUCGACGUCCUGAAGAUAAUCUCAGACCAGAAGGAGAUUUUACUUCACCGGAUAAAGAACCUUGGCGGCCAGCGGAACGGCCAAAACCUAAAAAACCGGAAGACAAUUUAUAUCCGGAAGGAGAUUUUGAAAGACGUAAACCCGAAGAAUGGCGUCCUGGAGAUAGGGCUCCUGUACGCAAACCUAAAGACAAUUUAAAACCUGAAGGUGAUUUUGAGAAAAGAAGGCCUGAAGAAUGGAAACCUGGAGAUAGAGCUCCAGUACGCCGUCCAGAAGAUAAUCUAAGACCAGAAGGCGAGUUUACUUCACCUGAAAAAGAAACUUGGCGUCCAGCUGAACGACAAAAAAUAACAAAGCCAGAAGACAACCUGCGCCCCGAAGGUGAGUUUGAAAAACGAAAACCUGACGAAUGGCGCCCUGGUGAUAGAGCCCCGGUACGAAAACCAGAGGAUAAUUUGAAACCUGAAGGUGAUUUUGAAGAUAGACGGCCUGAAUCAUGGCGACCUGGUGACAGAGCACCUGUUCGCCGACCUGAGGAUAAUUUAAGACCAGAAGGAGAAUUUUCAACUCCAGAAAAGGUACCAUGGAGACCGGCUGAGAGACCUAAACAAAAGAAACCAGAAGAUAAUCUUAAGCCCGAAGGUGAUUUCGAGAAACGGAAACCCGAAGAAUGGCAACCUGGCGAUAGGGCACCUGUAAAACGACCUGAUGAUAAUUUGAAGCCCGAAGGAGAAUUCACUACUCCCAAAAAAGAGGAAUGGAAACCAGCCGAAAGACCCCAACAAAAAAAACCAUUAGACAAUUUGAAACCAGAGGGUGAAUUUGUCAAAAGGCAACCAGAGGAAUUCAUUCCUGCCGACAAACCUAUUGUCAAAAAACCUCAAGAUAAUUUACGCCCAGAAGGAGACUUUACAACUGUUAGAACAAUAACUGAAGACUACAAAGUCGUGACAGGGGAAAGAGCUGAAAUAAUACGACGCACUGAUAACAUUAUCACUGAAGGAGAAUUCAUAGAUACAACCACUACUCGUUCUGAGUUUACUGGACAACCUGUUGAGAGACCAAAAGCAGUUCGACGGAAUACGUGGACAAAAAUAGAAGGCGAUAUGACUACGGAAACUACAUCAAUGUCAGAAUUUGUAGACUAUACUGACACUAUGGAAAGAACAAAAUUGAUUACAAGAAAAACUGAUAACUUAAUACGUGAAGGUGAAAUAGAUUUCGUGACAUCUAAUCAAAAAGAUUUUACUGAAAAAUCAACAGUAGUAGAACGCCCUCAAAGGCGUCGAACUUGGACAAAAGAAGACUUUGAAAAAUUCUACUCUACGGAAGACGUCGAGACUAUAACAACUACCCAAGAAGAAUAUCAGACUUAUGAAGAAAGAAGACCGAAACGUCCAGAGAUAAGAAAACCAAAAGAUAAUCUUAAACCCGAAGGUGACUUUGAAGCUCCAAAGCUAGAGGAAUGGCGCCCAGCGGAACGUCCAAAACAAAAAAAACCGGAAGACAAUCUUAAGCCAGAAGGUGAAUUUGAGACUCCCGAAAAAGAAAGAUGGCGGCCUGCAGAGCGGCCGAAAGCGAAAAAACCGGAAGAUAACUUGCGACCAGAAGGAGAUUUUGAACAACGACAACCUGAUGAGUGGCAACCGGCAGAACGUCCCAAACAAAAGAAACCGGAGGAUAAUCUUAAGCCCGAAGGCGAAUUCGAAACCCCUAAAAAGGAAAAGUGGCAACCGGCAGAACGACCAAAACAGAAGAAACCUGAAGACAAUUUAAAGCCUGAAGGAGAAUUCGAAACACCAGAAAAAGAAAGAUGGCGACCUGCGGAGCGACCUAAAGCAAAAAAACCGGAAGACAAUUUACACCCAGAAGGUGACUUUGAACAACGUCAGCCCGAUGAGUGGCAACCAGCAGAACGACCUAAGCAAAAGAAACCCCAAGACAAUCUUAAGCCAGAAGGUGAUUUUGAAACUCCUGAAAAAGAAAGAUGGAGACCUGCUGAACGCCCUAAACAAAAGAAACCCGAAGAUAACUUGCGACCUGAAGGUGACUUUGAACAACGACAACCCGAUGAGUGGCAACCUGCAGAACGUCCCAAGCAGAAGAAACCACGGGAUAAUCUAAAGCCAGAAGGUGAAUUUGAGACCCCUGAAAAAGAAAAGUGGCGACCUGCUGAGCGCCCGAAACAAAAGAAACCUGAAGACAAUCUUAAACCAGAAGGUGAAUUUGAGACUCCAGAAAAAGAAAGAUGGCGGCCUGCAGAGCGCCCAAAAGCAAAGAAACCUGAAGACAACUUGCGACCAGAAGGUGAUUUUGAACAAAGACAACCUAAUGAGUGGCAACCAGCAGAACGUCCUAAACAAAAGAAACCAGAGGAUAAUUUGAAGCCCGAAGGCGAAUUUGAAACCCCUGAAAAAGAAAGAUGGCGCCCUGCAGAGCGACCAAAACAGAAAAAACCUGAAGACAAUUUAAAGCCUGAAGGUGAAUUCGAAACACCAGAAAAAGAACGAUGGCGGCCUGCAGAGAGACCUAAAGCAAAAAAACCGGAAGACAAUUUACAUCCCGAGGGUGACUUUGAACAACGUCAACCAGAUGAGUGGCAACCAGCAGAACGACCCAAGCAAAAGAAACCGCAAGAUAAUCUUAAGCCAGAAGGUGAUUUUGAAACUCCAGAAAAAGAAAGAUGGCGGCCCGCAGAGAGGCCAAAAGCGAAGAAACCAGAGGAUAAUUUGCGACCUGAAGGUGACUUUGAACAACGUCAACCCGAUGAGUGGCAACCAGCAGAACGACCAAAGCAAAAGAAACCACAAGACAAUCUUAAGCCAGAAGGAGAUUUUGAAACUCCUGAAAAAGAAAGAUGGAGGCCCGCUGAGCGCCCUAAACAAAAGAAACCCGAAGAUAACUUGCGACCUGAAGGUGACUUUGAACAACGACAACCCGAUGAGUGGCAACCUGCAGAACGUCCCAAGCAGAAGAAACCACGGGAUAAUCUAAAGCCAGAAGGUGAAUUUGAGACUCCUGAAAAAGAACAGUGGCGACCUGCUGAACGCCCGACACAAAAGAAACCCGAAGACAAUCUUAAACCAGAAGGUGAAUUUGAGACCCCAGAAAAAGAAAGAUGGCGACCAGCAGAGCGGCCAAAAGCGAAAAAACCCGAAGAUAACUUGCGACCAGAAGGUGACUUUGAACAAAGACAGCCUGAUGAUUGGCAACCAGCAGAACGUCCGAAGCAAAAGAAACCGCAAGACAACCUUAAGCCGGAAGGUGAAUUUGAGACUCCUGAAAAAGAAAGAUGGCGACCGGCUGAACGUCCUAAACAAAAGAAGCCUGAAGAUAAUUUAAAGCCUGAAGGUGAAUUUGAAACCCCAGAAAAAGAAAGAUGGCGGCCUGCGGAAAGGCCUAAAGCAAAAAAACCUGAAGACAAUUUGCAUCCAGAAGGUGACUUUGAACAACGUCAACCUGAUGAAUGGCAACCAGCAGAGCGUCCCAAGCAAAAGAAACCCCAAGACAAUCUCAAGCCAGAAGGUGAUUUUGAAACACCAGAAAAAGAAAGAUGGAGGCCUGCAGAGCGACCAAAAGCGAAAAAACCCGAAGACAACUUGCGACCAGAAGGUGACUUUGAACAAAGACAACCUGAUGAGUGGCAACCAGCCGAACGUCCUAAACAAAAGAAACCGGAAGAUAACCUUAAGCCAGAAGGUGAAUUUGAGACACCUGAAAAACAAAGGUGGCGCCCAGCAGAGCGACCAAAACAAAAGAAACCGGAAGACAAUCUUAAACCUGAAGGCGAAUUUGAAACUCCUGAAAAGGAUAGAUGGCGGCCUGCGGAGCGACCUAAAGCGAAAAAACCUGAAGACAACUUACGUCCUGAAGGAGACUUUGAACAACGACAACCGGAUGACUGGCAACCAGCAGAACGUCCGAAGCAAAAGAAACCGCAAGACAACCUUAAGCCGGAAGGUGAAUUUGAGACUCCUGAAAAAGAAAGAUGGCGACCGGCUGAACGUCCUAAACAAAAGAAACCUGUAGACAAUCUUAAACCAGAAGGUGAGUUUGAGACACCUGACAAAGAAAGAUGGCGACCUGCUGAGCGACCUAAAGCGAAAAAACCGGAAGAUAAUCUGCACCCAGAAGGUGACUUUGAGCAACGUAAGCCAGAUGAAUGGCAACCAGCAGAACGUCCUAAACAAAAGAAACCUGUAGACAAUCUUAAACCAGAAGGUGAGUUUGAGACACCUGACAAAGAAAGAUGGCGACCUGCUGAGCGACCUAAAGCGAAAAAACCGGAAGAUAAUCUGCAUCCAGAAGGUGACUUUGAGCAACGUAAGCCAGAUGAAUGGCAACCAGCAGAACGUCCUAAACAGAAAAAACCAGAAGAUAAUCUUAAGCCAGAAGGUGAGUUUGAGACACCUGAAAAACAAAGGUGGCGCCCAGCAGAGCGACCAAAACAAAAGAAACCUGUAGACAAUCUUAAGCCAGAAGGUGAUUUUGAAACUCCCGAAAAAGAGAGAUGGCGUCCUGCUGAACGGCCUAAACAAAAGAAACCUGAAGAUAAUCUGAAGCCAGAAGGUGACUUUGAAAGUCCUGAAAAAGAAAAAUGGCGACCUGCAGAAAGACCAGAGCAAAAGAAACCAAGGGAUAAUUUGAAGCCCGAAGGUGAAUUUGAAACACCCGAAAAAGAGAGAUGGCGACCUGCUGAACGGCCUAAACAAAAGAAACCUGAAGAUAAUCUCAAACCAGAAGGUGAUUUUGAGAGUCCUGAAAAGGAAAGAUGGCGACCUGCAGAACGACCAGAGCAAAAGAAACCAAAGGAUAAUUUGAAGCCCGAAGGUGAAUUCACAACACCCGAAAAGGACAAAUGGCGGCCUGCUGAACGACCAGAGCAAAAGAAACCUAAAGACAAUCUGAAACCUGAAGGAGAAUUUGAAACUCCUGACAAAGAAAGAUGGCGACCUGCAGAGCGACCUAUACAAAAGAAACCGCAUGAUAACUUGCGACCUGAAGGUGAUUUUGAGCAACGAAAACCUGAUGAAUGGCAACCUGCCGAACGCCCAGUACAGCGUAAACCAAUAGAUAACCUUAAACCAGAAGGUCAAUUUGAAAAACCUGAGAAAGAACGAUGGCGGCCAGCUGAUAAACCAGAAAUAAAGAAACCAAAGGAUAAUCUAAAGCCAGAAGGAAAAUUCGAGAAACCUAAACAAGAUGAAUGGAAGCCAGCAGAAAGGCAGACACCAAAAAAACCGCAAGACAAUUUGAAGCCAGAGGGUGACAUUGAUACGCCAAAACGUGACGAUUGGCGUCCAGCGGAAAAGGUUGAAGUUAAGAAACCAAAAGAUAAUCUUAAGCCUGAAGGUGAGUUUGUUCGUCCUGAAAAGCCAAAAUCUUCUCCUUCCGGUGAGAGACCUGUACAGAGAAUACCACAAGACAAUCUGAAACCCGAAGGUGAUAUGAAUGUUGUUCGUCGUACUGAUUAUACAGCGACUCGCGGUGAUCGUGCUGAAGUUGUUAAACAUGAAGAUCACCUAAAAAUGGAAGGCGUUAUUGACAUUCAACGCUCUAGGGAUGAUUAUAAACGAAUAGAAAAAACCGAGAGAAUAGUAAUACAAAAACAUGAAGAUAAUUUAAGGACUGAGGGUGAAUUUAUUGAUUUAAGAACUCGCAAUGACUAUAGUGCUACUAAAGGUGAGAGGGCACCAGUUGUCAAACCACAAGAUACCCUUAAACCAGAUGGUAAAUUCUAUAAACCUGAAGUUGUUCCAUCUCAACCAGCAGAAAAAAGAAAGCCUUUUAAACAUGUUGAUAAUAUUACGAUCGACCGGGAUGUCGACUUGCGCCAAAGACAAAAGAUAGAACGAGUUGAUAUUAUCCGAAGAGAAGAUAACCUGAAGAUAGAAGGUGAAUUUAUAGAUAUGAAACAGAGAAAUGAUUAUAAAGUUGUAACUGGUGACAGAAUGGCUAUAGUCAAACAUGAGGACAAUCUUAAAAUGGAAGGUAAAAUGGAUACUACUCGAACUUCCGAUACUUACCGAUUAGUGAAAGGGCAGAGAGUAAAACUAACCAGGAGAGAAGAUAAUCUUAAGAUUGAAGGUGUGUUUGAAGAUCAUAAACGUAGAGAUGACUACAAACAAAUUAAAGAUGUGAAAUCUGCGAUCACUUACUAUCCUAACAAUAAACAACCAAAAGAACCACAAGAUCAAUUGCCGGAAGAGCUAAACGGCGAAACUCCUGUGGGUGAUCAUAGUAAACAUCCAAAGGAUAAAUCACCGGUUUCGAAGCAAACGACGUACGUAAUAAAAGAGGUUAUAGAUAAAGAUGAUACAGUUAAAAGUACACAAGACGAUACUACGCGAUACGUAAUUCAUCGCACCACCAAAACUGAUAAAUCAUUCGUAGGUCCUGAUACCCAUCGCGAUUAUCUUCCUGAAGAGCAACAGUCACCUUAUUCUAGUAAACCACACAGAAGUUCUACCGAUGAAGUCGAUAAAACUGGCAGACCAAAAUGGGCAAAAGAAAUGCCAAGUCAAACAAAACCUCAAUGGCAACCAGGAGAUACACCAGAGCAAAUUCGUCCUAAAGACAAUUUGAGGCCGGAAGGAGAAUUUGAUCGGCCGAAGCGACCACAAUGGCAACCAGGCGAAACACCAGAGCAAAUUCGGCCUAAAGAUAAUCUUAGACCGGAAGGUGAUUUUGAUCAUUCUAAACGACCCCAGUGGCAGCCCGGCGAUACCCCAGAACAAAUUCGACCAAAAGAUAACCUGAAACCAGAAGGUAGCUUCGAUCGCCCUAAGCGGCCACAAUGGCAACCAGGGGAUACGCCAGAACAAAUUCGGCCUAAAGAUAAUUUAAGACCUGAAGGUGAAUUUGAUCGUCCGAAGCGACCAGAAUGGCAACCAGGAGAUACGCCACAGCAAAUUCGAUUCAAAGAUAAUCUAAGGCCAGAAGGUGAUUUUGAUCGUCCAAAGAAACAACAUUGGCAACCAGGGGAGACACCGGAGCAAAUUCGCCCGAAAGACAAUCUUAGACCGGAAGGUGAUUUUGAUCAACCUAAACGUCAACAAUGGCAGCCGGGCUAUACGCCAGAGCAAAUCCGACCGAAAGAUAACCUUAAACCGGAAGGUACCUUCGAUCGUCCUAAGCGUCCGCAAUGGCAACAAGGAGAUACAGAGCAAACCCGGCCAAAAGAUAAUCUUAGACCGGAGGGUGACUUCGAUCACCCCAAGCGGCCACAAUGGCAAUCAAGUGAGCGACCAAGCCCUAUAAGACCUAAAGACAACCUACAUCCUAAAGGUGAUAUGAAAGAGCACCCAGGACCUCUCACUAAACCCGGUGAUUAUCACACAAAAGAUGGUUCUAGACCUGAUUCUAAAUGCGACCGUGAUGUUCCUCGUCAUGCUGACGAUAAAAGGGGACCUCAUGAACAUGUCGACAGUAUUACGCAUGUAUCUGAUUCACGAUAUGGUACAAAGGUUACUUCUACAGAUAAACGCACGGAUAUAACAAAAACUCAAUCAGAUCGUGAUAUUAAAUCGUACAUUACAAAAUCUACUUCUGACGUCCAUCACGAAAGCAAUUUGCAAAAGUCUCAUGUACACACGACUAAACAUAUUGGUGUACAUAGUGCUACAAUUGCGGAUUCUAAGCAUAUUCAAUCUGGAACCUAUAUCCAACAGUCUACAUCUAACGGUCGUAGUGAAUUUCAGAGUGAUAAUAAUACCACAUCAAAGAAAACGAUUGACCGCUCUAUUCAAGAUACAACAGAUCGCGCUGUAACAGAUCGUUCAACGUCAAGACAUUCUAUGGAGAAAAAUGCUGUGAAUAAAAUUAUUGACUCUAAAAAUGUGAGAACAGCUUCAACCUCUACACAUAAAACAGUGAAACAAAUAACUGAAAAGAAAUUAAUCGCAGGAAAAUGGGUAAACGUGACAAGGAAUGUUGAAGUGACUACAAUUGGUGAUAGCGAUUCAAGAAGUCCUUCUGGUAAAUUUUCUGAAGAUCGUAAUGGAGUGCGUUAUAAGCAAAUUGGAAGUACAACUGAAAAUAUCGUUUCAGAUCAUGGUACUAGCAAUAACAUCACAAACAAGCGCCAUUCUACAGACAGUAAUUAUGACCGAAGCUCUAGUAAUACUACUUUUAUAGUGAAGGAGAGAGGCGAUGCCAAUAACAGAGAACGGUUAACUCAACAGACCAUUAGUAGAAGAGAAGCGUCUCACAGUAAUGUGGAUGGGCCCGAUCAUCAUUUAUCUUUUUCAGACAAUCAAUCUCAUACCCAACGACAUAGCCAUACAUCAUCAGAUCAUCGUUCUCAAGAAAACGUGCAUAGUACAACCCAAACGAGUCGUAGCGAACAAACUACAUCUUCAAAGCAACAAAUUAUAAACGAUAGACAGACGCACAAACAUAUAAGUGGUGAGCAUGUUAAAAACAAGCAAGUGCUGGAUAUGUCACCUGGGCAUCAUGUUGUUCAUGAUCAAAACUUAAGUUCUCAGCAACGCCACACUGCCCUAUCAUCCGAUCACCACGUUCAACGUACUACGGGGUCAUCAUCUAAUAUAUCGUCAUCGAGCCAUGUGGAACAAAACAUAUCAAGAACAUCAUCGGUAAAUCAAUCGCACACUGUAAAUAGAAAUCAAUUAAGUGACAGUGUUACAAAAACAAGCAUCGAAUUUCAGAGGGCCAUGCAUGGUGGCGGCGAUAUUCCAAUCGCAUCGAGCACACCGCGCACUGGCCAGGGCCACCACAAACGAGCUUCAGAUUUAGUCUCCGACUCAUCGAGCACUAACGCUGUUCUUCAUCGCAAAGGCGUUACGUCGACAACCGAGGCUCAUCAUUCAACAAGUUCCACUGCUGCUGCGCAAAGAAAAGCCAUUACCAAUCUAAACGAACGUGGUGAAUACAUAAGCAACUCAACACACAGUGCAGAUAGAAAAAGCAUAAGCUCUAUGCAUCGUUCUACUCGCGAUAACGUGGCUGUGAUAUCGCAACACACCGAAAGUACUGACACACGACGACAAGAAAAAAGAGAUGGUCAAUCUACAAUGACCGUAGAACGCCAACCACGUGUGGUUGUUCGAGAUAAUCUUCGAGUUGGUGGCGAGUUUUACGGUCACUCCGAAGCUCGUUCUUACGGUAGCUUUUCUAAGAGCAACCAAGUGGACCGAACUGAACGUAAUGAACGUGUAGAAAGAGUUGAAAGACACGUUCGUCAUGGUAACACGUCACACUUUAGCUUAGGAGAUGGUGGAACAAGUUACAAGCGUGAAUUUACAUCUCACGUUCAUGGAAAAUGUCCAGCUACUCUGAUCGAAUCUCCUCGAACACCAUUCAAACAUACUCGCGAUUCUCGUGAGCACCAAUUCUACACAUCGAAAGUGACUCAACAAAAGUCUCAAUAAAAUUAAAUAUGUACUCGUAAACUAACAUUAAACAAUAUCAUUCCCUAUUUACUGGCGCUUUGAUUAAUUUGUAUGUCUUAUUUAACAAUUUUAUUUUAUAAGAAAUAUUUUUACAGAUACAUUCUUGCUAACAUUGCUAGUCUUACGAUAUGCAAUAUUGUAA